CGUUUCCGCUUUCCUCCCCGCCCCGCUCCGCCAUCAUGAAGUCCUGAACAAAAACGCACCAGGGUCGAGCAAAAUGGGGGGGUAACACGAGCAGGAGGUGAAACUCGCUCACGACGUUGACGAAAUGACACUGCGAAGCGGAGAACGGAGCGGAGUGGCGGAUUUUAAUGAACCAGCUUCCCGCUGAAGAGCGUCCCGGGCGGGCUGCUGCUGCUGCUGGCGUCACGUUACUGCGUUAGCCGCUGCUAACGGCAGCAGCGCUGCGGAACAAGCUCCGCUGCUGGCGGGGGAACAGCUGGCUGUCAGUCCCGCUCACACCCAUGACGAGUAACAAGUAGACGGGAAAGACUGUCAAAAUUUGACUGGGAGCAUCGUGAUGGCGAGGAGCUGAAGCAGCAGCGGCAGCAGCAGCUGGAAGGGAUGUGUUGGUGUUGAACAGACACCAGAGCCGAGGGGAGAGAGACCCAUAUUUUCCAGCCAGGCCAGUCAGCUAGCUCCAGGGCUAGCAGUGGAUCCCAAAAGCCACGGCGCUGGUCAUGCCGUCGAGUGUGCGGGCCGGGAGCCUGAAGGACCCGGAGGUGGCUGAGCUGUUCUCCAGGGACGACCCGGAGAAGCUCUUCACCGACCUGAGGGAGAUCGGCCAUGGGAGCUUUGGAGCAGUGUACUUCGCCCAUGACAUCCGCACAAAUGAGGUGGUGGCAAUCAAGAAGAUGUCCUAUAGUGGCAAACAGUCCAAUGAGAAAUGGCAGGAUAUCAUCAAGGAAGUGAAGUUCCUUCAGAAACUACGCCACCCAAACACUGUGGAGUAUCGAGGCUGCUACCUGAGAGAGCACACAGCAUGGCUGGUGAUGGAGUAUUGCUUGGGUUCGGCCUCCGACCUCCUAGAAGUCCACAAAAAACCCCUACAAGAAGAAGAAAUAGCUGCCAUAACUCACGGUGCAUUGCAAGGAUUAGUGUAUCUUCAUUCUCACAACAUGAUUCACAGGGAUGUGAAAGCAGGAAACAUCUUGCUUACAGAACCAGGCCAGGUCAAACUGGGAGACUUUGGCUCUGCCUCUAUAGUUGCUCCAGCCAACUCCUUCGUGGGAACACCUUACUGGAUGGCGCCUGAGGUGAUCCUAGCCAUGGACGAGGGUCAGUAUGAUGGAAAGGUGGAUGUGUGGUCACUUGGCAUUACCUGCAUAGAGUUGGCGGAAAGGAAGCCUCCUCUGUUCAACAUGAAUGCUAUGAGUGCCUUAUAUCACAUCGCCCAGAAUGAGAGCCCUGUGUUGCAGUCUAAUCACUGGUCUGAUUAUUUCCGUAAUUUUGUGGACUCGUGUUUGCAAAAGAUCGCCCAGGACAGACCUACCUCUGAUGUGCUGCUAAAGCACCAUUUCCUAUGCAGAGAGCGUCCCAUGACGGUUGUGAUGGACUUGAUUGCGCGCACCAAGGAUGCUGUCCGUGAGCUAGACAACCUCCAGUACCGGAAGAUGAAGAAAAUUCUCUUUCAUGAGGCACAUAAUGGUCCAGCACAAGAAGGAGGUGAUGAGGAAGAGGAUGUGGAGCACUAUAUGCUGCGCACUGGUACAGUCAACAGCAUGGAGAGCUCCCACUCACUGCCGUCCAUGUCGAUCAGCGCCAGCUCCCAGAGCAGCUCGGUCAACAGCCUGGCGGACGGCUCCGACGACAGCGGGGAGAUGGCCAUGAUGCAGGAGGGAGAGCACACUGUCACCUCCAACAGCUCUGUCCUGCACAAGCCCCUGAGCCAUGACAAUAUCUACGAUGACCCUUAUCAGCCAGAGAUUGACUUGCAACGAGAAGCUUCAUCUGUUGGCGGUGGUGGCGGAGGGGGAGGCGGCGGUGGAGGCGGAGGGGGUAGACGUCGGCGUGGCCGAGACCACUUUGCGACUAUUAGGACUGCCUCUUUGGUCACUCGGCAGAUCCAGGAACAUGAGCAGGGCUCAGCCCUCAGAGAGCAAAUGUCUGGGUACAAGCGAAUGCGACGGCAGCACCAGAAGCAGUUGAUGGGCCUGGAGAACAAGCUGAAGGCAGAAAUGGAUGAGCACCAACUUAGACUGGACAAAGAGCUGGAGAAUCAGAGGAACAACUUCUCAAUGGAAGCAGAAAAACUGACCAAGAAGCACCAGGGUAUCCAGGAGAAAGAGACGAAGGCAACUUGUACUGAAGAGAAGAAGUUCCAGCAGCACAUACUCGGCCAGCAGAAGAAGGAGUUGACCAGUCUGUUAGAGUCCCAGAAAAGACAGUAUCGGCAACGCAAGGAACAGCUCAAGGAGGAACUGAAUGAGAACCAGUCGACACCAAAGCGAGAGAAACAGGAGUGGUUGGUCCACCAGAAGGAGUGUCUGCAGCAGCUGCAGGCGGAGGAAGAGGCUGGCCUGCUGCGGCGGCAGAGGCAGUAUUACGAGCUACAGUGUCGCCAGUACAAGAGGAAACUGCUGCUAGCACGCCACAACCUGGAGCAAGAUUUGCUCAGAGAGGACCUGAACAAAAAGCAGACCCUGAAGGACUUGGAGUGUGCCAUGCUGCUGCGUCACCAUGAAUCCACCCAGGAGCUGGAGUUCCGCCAGCUGGGUUUGGUGCAGCGCACGCGGGCCGACCUGAUCCGCACACAGCACCAGACGGAGCUCACCAACCAGAUGGAGUAUAACAAAAGGCGCGAGCAAGAGCUGCGUCAGAAACACGCCGUGGAAGUUCGUCAGCAGCCCAAGAGCCUCAAAUCCAAAGAGCUUCAGAUUAAGCGCCAGUUCCAGGACACCUGUAAGAUCCAAACCCGUCAGUACAAGGCCCUGCGCAACCACCUGCUGGAGAACACGCCCAAGUCGGACCACAAGGCGGUGCUGAAGCGGCUGAAGGAUGAGCAGACUCGUAAGCUGGCCAUCCUGGCCGAGCAGUAUGACCACUCCAUCAAUGACAUGCUGUCCACACAGGCUCUGCGAUUGGACGAGACCCAGGAAGCCGAGUACAAGGUGUUGCGGAUGCAGCUGCAGCAGGAGCUGGAGCUGCUGAACGCCUACCAGAGCAAGAUCAAGAUCCACACCGACACGCAGCACGAGAGGGAGGUCAAGGACCUGGAGCAGAGAGUGUCCAUCCGCCGGGCGCUGCUGGAGCAGAGGAUUGAGGAGGAGAUGUUGUCCCUCCAGAAUGAGCGCUCAGAACGCAUUCGCACUCUCUUGGAGCGACAAGCCAGCGAGAUCGAGCACUUCGACUCUGAGAGCCUCCGCCUGGGCUUCAGCAACAUGGCGCUGUCAGGCAUCCCCAGCGAAGCGUACCCCAAGCAGGGUUACCCCAACGCCCUGCCCUCCAGCUCCCGCUCCGCCGGCCACUGGAGCCACGGCGUGCACCAGCAGAGCACGCCCUCGCAGCAGCUCUCCCGCCGCAGCCACAACAGCAGCAGCAGCAGCGGGGUCAGUGAUCGCAGGAGCGAGUCGUCCUCCUCCUCCUCCGCCCACAUCCUGGGAAUCCUGGGCCACGGGCGGGACGGGAGGGAAAUGCACCACUCGUCCCGCUCGUCCGCUUCCUCCUCUUCUUCCUCUUCCUCGUCGUCUUCCUCCCACCACCAGCGCCACCACCUGCCCCAGCACUACCACCACCAGAGCACGCCGCAGCUGUACCGCGAGCGGGAGAGGGAUCGAGAUCGAGAUCGAGACCGGGAGCGGGAGAAGGAGAGGGAACGAGAAUGGGCCGGAGUGCGAGGUUCCGGCGGGGAUCUGGCUCACCCACACCCUUUACCUUUCUCCCAUCACCUCCCCUCACGCUCCUCCUCCCAGUCCCUGGCCGUGUUACCUCCCCCUCCGCCCGCCCCGCCCUCCAUCUCCGGCCCGUCCUCGUCUUCCUCUUCCUCUUCCUCCUCGCAGGGGGGGAUCUACGGAGGUGGCGGGCUGGGGGUCCGUGGAACCCCCAGCCUGAUGGCCCUGAGAAACAGCCCCCAGCCUCUCAGGAGGACGGCCUCGGGAGGGGGCCCUGGCGGCGCGGGGGGCAGCGACGGCGUCCUGAGCCGAAGCACGUCGGUCACUUCGCACAUCUCCAACGGUUCCCACCUCUCAUACUCUUAGAAAGAGAGAGAAACGACCAACGCGGUGGCGGCGGCAGCGGGGCAGGUGGGGGACGUAUUUAGGAAGGUAGCGAUCACAGGUUGCAUCUCAGUACUAUCAGCUUACCAACUUUCUUGGUUUCCUGGAAGGAUUUCAAUUAUUAGAACUGCUGACGGUUUAAAAAUAUCACUUUCUCCUCUUAAUGUACAGACAGUCAAAGAUAUGAGUGAACUUCAGCAGCAGAGAGAGGGCGAACUGGCAUUACUGAGCUGCACCCGACCUCUUUAGACUCAGGGUGGGUAGAAAGGGUUUCUCCCAUUCUCACAGGUAAAAAGAGAGGGGAAGGAAUGUAACCACCUGUCAUAGCACUGGUUUAAGGUGAUACUAGAUUUUUUUUUAAAGUUUCCGUUCAGUGUUUUUAACUUUAUUACCACAUGUAUGAUAGUGAGUUAGGAUGUGUGAAAGGGGGGAACAUUUAGCCUUUAUUUCCUCUCACAGCUGCAGUGACAGGAGGGCAGCCGGGUCUUCUUCUAUGAUGUUCUUUGCUGGAAUGGAGAAAGAGAGAGGACACGAAAGGAAAAAAGGAGGAUGACGUUGUGUUGAAUCGUGUAUGUAAUUGUACGUAGUCCGUAGUGUCCAGAUAUUAUCUCGCAAGCACUUGUAAAUUGGAGCCCAGAGAAGGAAAAAGGAGGAGAAUCAACAAAAAAAAAAGAUGGUUUACUUUUUGCCUCGAGCCUGCUGGCAUUUGGAGAACACUUUUUAUUGAUUUGCAACUUUUUUUUUCUAUUUGUAUUAAAUGUGUAAAAAGAAAAAAGAACACAUGCAUACACACACAAACAAGUUGCUUGGAAAGUCACCAAUGCCUUUAAGGGGGUCUUAAAGGGACGUCGUGCCAUCAAAAUUUUUAUUUGAUGACUGCAGGAUGAUUUAAAACUGAAUACAAAUACACAGAAUGUUUGUAAAGUCAAGAGACUCAUAAAAUGCAGUGAGGAUGAGGAGAAAAAUGUUUGUGUGGACAUGUAUAAAUAUCUUCGGAGGAAAAAAAAAGAAAAGAAAGACCUUUCUGGCAUCCAUGACAUAUUGAGUAUCUAAACAACAUAGGUGUCUACAGGAGUCACUCCAAUGCAUGAGAUAGAUGUACAAAAAAAGAAAAAAAAAAUGUAAACAUGAUGGAACACAUUGAAAUGUAC